UUAUAUCCCUUUCAUUUUAUUAAUUAUUAUAUAAAUGUAAGAGCCUCCCUGUAACUGAAAAAGCUCAGAAAUCUCUCCAACAGUCCAACUAUACGUAAAGCCAUUGGACAAACCAUAAUUCCUUCUGUUUUUCUGUCUCCGGUUCUAUAAAUUUACAGUUCAUACAGUGACCGCCUCGGAUUUCUCUCUCUGAGCUUCCAUGGCGGACUCGGCUUCGGAGUCGCAGCCGGUCUACCUCCAUGGCGACCUCGACCUCAGGAUCAUCGAAGCUCGCCGCUUGCCGAACAUGGACGUCGUCACCAACCACCUCCGCCGUUGCUUCACCGCCUGCGGCACCAUCAAGUGUCCCCCCCUCACCUCCGCCGCGGCUGGCGAUCCCAGCGACUCCGAAGGCGGCCGCUCCGACCGGAAGAUCCACCACCACGCGAGGAUCAUCACCAGCGACCCUUACGUCACCGUCAACGUCCCUCAGGCCACCGUCGCGCGUACGCGCGUGAUCAAGAACUCCCAAAACCCUCACUGGAACGAGCGGUUCCACAUCCCCCUGGCUCACCCCGUCGUCAACCUCGAGUUCUACGUCAAGGACAACGACGUCUUCGGCGCCGAUAUGAUCGGAAGCGCCAGAAUCCCCGCCGGAGAGAUCGCCACCGGCGAGACUAUCAGCGGCUGGUACCCGAUCCUGAAUUCCUCCGGGAAGCCGCCGAAGCCGGAAACGGCGCUCCGGCUGGAGAUGCAGUUCACGCCUUGCGAGAAGAAUCCUCUCUACCGGCACGGAAUCGCCGGCGAUCCGGAGGAGAAAGGUGUGAGGCACUCGUAUUUUCCGUUGAGAAAAGGAGGCUCCGUGAGGCUGUACCAAGACGCCCAUGUGCUCGACCAUAUGCUUCCGAAGAUUGAGCUCGACGGAGGGAAGGUUUUCACACAAGAGAAGUGCUGGGAGGAUAUCUGCCACGCGAUCACGGAGGCGCACCACAUGAUUUACAUGACUGGAUGGUCGAUCUACCACAAGGUCAAGCUGGUCAGAGAGCCGACAAGGCCAUUGCCGAGAGGUGGGGAUUUGACGCUCGGCGAGUUGCUCAAGUACAAGUCGCAGGAAGGCGUGAGGGUGUUGCUGUUGGUUUGGGAUGACAAGACUUCACACGACAAGUACUUCAUCAAUACGGUAGGAGUGAUGCAGACACAUGAUGAAGAAACCCGCAAGUUUUUCAAGCAUUCGUCAGUUAUUUGUGUGCUGGCACCUCGUUAUGCCAGCAGCAAGAUGAGCUAUAUCAAACAACAGAUUGUUGGAACUCUCUUCACACAUCAUCAGAAAUGCGUUCUCGUGGACACGCAAGCGUAUGGAAACAACCGCAAGAUAACUGCAUUUUUGGGAGGGCUUGAUCUUUGUGAUGGCCGUUAUGACACCCCAGAGCAUAGACUAUUCCGUGAUCUUGACACUGUAUAUAAGGAAGAUUUCCAUAAUCCUACAUUUCCUGCUGGACACAAGGCUCCAAGGCAACCAUGGCAUGACUUGCACUGCAGAAUUGAAGGGCCCACAGCAUACGAUGUUCUUAUAAACUUUGAGCAGCGUUGGAGGAGAGCUACAAAAUGGACAGAGAGACUGCAUUUUAAAACAGUUUCUCGCUGGCAUGAUGAUGCUUUAAUAAAAAUAGGUCGCAUCUCGUGGAUACUCAGUCCUAAUAUGCCCGCCUCAAAGGAUUCAGACGAUGGUGUAUUGUCACGUUCAAAGGAUAGGGAUUCUGUUACAAUUGUUCCAGAUGAUGACCCCAAGUUAUGGGUUUAUACAGAUGAGGAAAGUUGGCAUGUUCAGAUUAUGCGGUCCAUUGAUUCGGGAUCAGUAAAGGGAUUUCCGAGAGAUGUUGUUGCUGCUGCUGCCCAGCACCUCAUAUGCGCGAAGAAUUUGGUGAUAGAUAAAAGUAUUCAAACAGGAUACAUUCAAGCAAUCAGAUCUGCUCAGCAUUUCAUAUAUAUUGAAAAUCAAUACUUUCUUGGGUCAUCCUAUGCAUGGCCUGAUUACAAAAAUGCAGGAGCUGAUAAUCUUAUUCCAAUGGAAUUGGCCUUAAAGAUCGCUAGCAAAAUUAGAGCUAACGAGAGAUUUGCAGUGUAUAUUGUCAUACCAUUGUGGCCUGAAGGUGAUCCAAAGUCCGGGCCGGUGCAAGAAAUUCUCUAUUGGCAGAGCCAGACAAUGCAAACGAUGUAUGAUAUUGUUGCAGGGGAACUAAAAUCGAUGCAGCUUGCAGACUCGACACCUCAAGAUUACCUUAACUUCUAUUGCCUUGGUAAUAGAGAACAGAAUUUUGACAAAAAUUCAAAUGCUGAUGCUGCCAUGGUCACCGAUGCGUACAAAUUUCAGCGAUUCAUGAUUUAUGUUCAUGCUAAGGGUAUGGUAGUAGACGAUGAGUAUGUAAUCAUGGGAUCUGCCAAUAUCAAUCAAAGAUCCAUGGCUGGUACAAAAGACACUGAGAUAGCUAUGGGUUCAUACCAACCCCAUCACACUUGGGCAAGAAGGAAUAGACAUCCACGAGGGCAGGUAUAUGGUUAUAGGAUGUCGCUUUGGGCGGAGCAUCUUGGGGAUCUAGAUUCGCGCUACGAAGAGCCAGAGACGUUAGAAUGUGUGAGGAAGGUGAACGAGAUCGCUGAACAUAACUGGAAGAGAUUCACAUCGGACAGCUUCACAUCACUACAGGGACACCUCCUGAAGUAUCCUUUGCAGGUAGACGCUGCUGGUAAGGUUGGUCCCUUGCCUGGAUAUGAGAAUUUCCCAGACGUUGGCGGUAAAAUAAUUGGAGCUCAUUCCGCCACCCUUCCCGACACCCUCACCACAUAAUCCAUCUCUAUCUAAUGCUCAACCGUGAUUUUCUUUUUAAAAAAAAACAAUAGUAAUGAAAUGGUGUUGACCUUGAGAUUGUAAAAUCAAAAUAGUUGGGACUCUGUCUCUUGAUUGUUUUAUUUGUUUAUUUAUUUAUUUUUCCUUGGUACUCUGCUUGCUGCUUGUAAAUUUCUGCAAACCAUAGUGAAAAGAUUGGCAUUUGGUGAAUGUAA